AUGCAAAAAAAUAUUGAAAACUGUGCUGAAAAUCCGUUAGACGAACGUUUGAAUGGCAUUAAAUUAGAACAGAAAGAUCCUGAUGAACGUUCUGGAGAAGUCUCCUCAACAAUUCGACAUCGACCAGUUUUAAACAAAAUAACUUCCGAAAAUUCAAGAGAUGAGGAUGACAAAAUACCUGAAAAACCGCUUGAUAAACGUUUUUCAAUAAGAUUUGGAAUAUCAGCGAUAUGUUUAAUUAUUUUACUAAUAGUUUUUAUCAAAAUGCGAUUUGGGCAAGAAAUUUCUCAAAAUAAAGGUUUUGUUUCUGAGAGUAUCGUAAAAUUAGCAAAUUUUGGAUCUGAAAAUUUAUUAUCACUUGAAAUCCCAGAAACAAGUCAAAUGAGCAGUUAUCGUGUCGUUAUUCGAGACCUUGGUGUUAUAAUGGAAAAAAGCGAUAUUAUAGUUAAAAAUGGAAAACGAAUUUCAGAAGUACUUUUUGGGUUAGACAAAGAAAUACAAGAAACAGGUGACGCGCUUGAGGAAUUUCGACAUCAAGCGAAAGGCUUUUUCUUUUCACUUGCAAGUGAGAUGAAAGCAAUCACGCAAGAAAUUGAAAAUUCGCAGUGGUUUGAAUACGGUUUUUUAAAAUAUUUUGCUAAAUCAAAUAGCCACACUUUGUCUGAUAGUUCAGUAAACUUUAUUUGUAAGCGGCUUGGAAUGUUAGAAAAACAGAUACCCGGAUUUCAGGAACAACUUAAGAGAGUUAUUGUCGCUGUUUAUUCAGUCCGUGAUAGUGCAGAUAAUACUCAUGGAUACUUGAUUGAUGGAGAACGAGAAGCAGAACGUUCUUUAAAAAAACACUGGAUCGGUAAUAUUGCCGAUCAUGUAGUACGAAAGCGAGCAGAGGAUGAGCUUUUACGAGUGCGAAUUAUAAUUAAAAUGUUAAAAGAGAUAGCACCAAAUCUUAUAAAGUUUGAAAACUUCUUAAAAGAGUACCGUCGUAAUAUACAAGAUGUUUCAAAAGAAGUAAAAAAUAGUCCCACAACGGCAGAAGACCUAAAGUAUUUGCAAAAAGCGGUCGCAGACCUCGAAAAACAUCACGUACAAUUCUCUUUAGCAGAUAAACAAUCUAUAUCUAAAUCCAUGGAUGUUUUCGAUGUUAAAUAUCUUGAAGAAAAGCAGAAUCUUGAAGAAGAACAUAUAAAAUUUUCUUCAGAAGAAUAUAAGCCUGCGGAUAUUCUUGAAGAUGCUAAUGAUGAAGAUAUCGAAAAUG